AGAGGCAACAUUGUUACAAGGCUAUAGAGAGGGUGAAGUCAUUCAAAACUUCAAAUUUUAGUUUCAGCAAAAUGCCAAUGGAGGAGGGAGAUGUAUGCUUUGCACACCUUAGAAGCAAGCUGCAAGCUUGUCUUGAUAGAAACUGUCAUUUGGAGAAGGAGAACAAAGCACUUCGACAAGAAAUCCUCCACUUAAAAGGCCAAAUCACUAAGCUACAAGCCCAGGAUGCCGAUAAAUCUAUGAUAUGGAAGAAGCAACAAAAUCACAUCAACAAAAACAGUCCAUCACAGGAAAAGCAACUUGUUCAAAUCGACAAUGUGGAGGAAGGAUUGGGGGUUGAUAAUUCACUGACUAGGCGGGAAAUCUUCUGUUCAGCAAUUAAGGCAAGAUCACCAAGGGUGCCAAGGCCACCACCAAGGCCUACCACUUGUUUGCAAUUGGCACCAAAACUAACUGGAAAGGAAUCACAGUUGCCAUCUCCAUUGAUGCCACCACCACCUCCCCCUCUUCCAUCAAAUCUGCAAAGAAGAUCCAGCAAUUCAUUGAGAAAAGUACCAGAAGUAGCAGAAUCAAAGUUACCUCCGUCACCACCACCACCACCCCCACUCCCAUCAAAGCUGCAAGUCAGAGCCAGCAGUUCAGUGAGAAGAGCACCAGAAGUAGUGGAAUUCUAUCAUUCAAUAACUAGAAGGGAUGGGAAACCAGAAACAAAGACAGGCAUUGCAGGAACACAAGUAACUUCAAAUGCGCGGGAAAUGAUUGGAGAAAUUGAGAAUCGGUCGGCAUAUCUCUUAGCUAUAAAAUCAGAUGUUGAAACCCAAGGUGAGUUCAUCAGCUUCUUGAUAAAGGAAGUACAGAAUGCAACAUAUACGGAGAUCUCUGAUGUGGAGGCAUUUGUCAAGUGGCUGGAUGAGGAACUGUCUUAUUUGGUAGAUGAGAGGGCAGUGCUCAAGCACUUUCCCCAGUGGCCUGAGCAGAAAGCAGAUGCAAUGAGAGAAGCAGCCUUUGGCUACCGAGAUCUAAAGAAUCUUGAAUCUGAGGUCUCGUCCUUCUCUGAUGAUCUGCGCCAACCCACGGGUGUUGCCCUCAAGCGAAUUCGGGCAUUGCAAGAAAAAUUGGAAUGUAGUGUUCACAACCUUGAGAGAGUCAGGGAUAGCGCAAGCAAGAGGUACAAAGAAUUCCAGAUUCCCUGGGAAUGGAUGCUUGACACGGGCAUCAUCGCACAGUUAAAAUCAGGCUCCAUGAGGCUUGCUAAAAAAUAUAUGAAUCGGGUAAUUACUGCACUGCAAUCAUAUGCAUCCUCAGAGGAUGAGGAGCUGAUGCUUCAAGGAGUUAGAUUUGCUUUCCGGGUACACCAGUUCGUCGGUGGGUUCGAUGAGGAGAGCAGGAACGCAUUUCAAGAAUUGAGGAAGUUAGCCAGCAGUAUUUAUUCCUAAAAAAAACUAGGAGCCUACUGCAGGUUGGCACUGAAAUAUAUAAAUUUCUUAAAUCAAGGACCAGUUGAAACAGCAUAAGCUCUAUAAAUUUAUUGAAGGAGCAAAACGCGCAUUGCUAAAGUUUGCUUAAGUGUUUAUAUAUAUAUAGAUAUUCUUACUGCUAGUUUGCAAUUUUCUUAUAACAUAAACAGAACAAAAGGAGACAAUUCCUCGAGAUAUUUAAUAUUUAUAAAGGGUCGCACAAGUUAUCACAUUGUCAGAUUCAUAUACAUGAACCUAUUGUCAUGCUCACAUACUCUUUGUUCAGUUACUUUAUACUCCAACCACAGAAAGAAAUGCACUAGGAAAUCAAAUUUGUAAUUUUCUACACUUCAU